CUGAAAAUUGCCGGCGGCAUUUCGUCCUGAUGACCUUGGUCCCCAAACCUGAUAAAAUGAUCAGUAUUGGACGCCUAAUCGAAGGCGUUGUACCGGUUAAAGUUAGUGGCAAGGUAGACUCUGUUUUCACUAUUUAACUAGAACUUAUUAGUGGAAGAAAAAGCUUUGCGCACUUGAGAGACCUGCAACAUUUAUAAACUCACUAAAGUUAUUCGUAUUUAACGAAGAUGGAAGUAUAUGUCGAUGCCAAGAUGUUCAUGCCUACAUUCUUGGAGUAGAUUCUAAGCAUGACGGAGUAAUUAUGUUCGUAUGUACUUAUAAGUUACGUUGUAUAUCAUUUCGGCAUUUCGAGGAGAUGACUAAAUGGGAUGACAUAUUGAAAGCUAAUUUGAAAUGUUCAUAUUUUCAUGCUGACUUGAUUGUUGCUCCUAAAAACAGCAUUUUGUAUAGUUAUGCACGUCAUAGAAGACGUUUUCCACUCAUUCAAGGACCUAAAACUCAGAUUUUUUCACCUUCAAGAAAAUUAUAUCCUACAUUAUGCAAUAAUUCAAGUGAUGGCUAUUUACAUGUGACACGUGAUCGUAUAUGUUUCACUACGGGUCCGGGUUGUUCCCAUCCUCGUCUCUUAGCAACAUGGACUUUUGAUAAUGAUGAAAUAGUGCAGUGUGGUACUGCCCGUGUUCAGAACACUGUGAGAAGAAACUUCACUGACCCUCCAUCACUGUUUUUUCUCACUGCCUUCCCUGAUCAUCCUGAAGCUCCUGGAAGUCACCUUUUCCUAUCCAACCGAGCGACUGACUUAUGUGAUAUGAUUGAACAUACUAACCAAGCCGCAGUUUAUCAAGCAGACUGGAGACGCCUAACUUGUUUAGCUUCACUUAUUGAUUCCCCUGAUUGCUCUAAAGGAUGCGAUUCUGACCAGACUAUUUCUUCAUGUAAUCCUAUCCAUCCUAUUACCAGUUGUUUCUACUCGAACGCAACUCAAAAUGCUGCGAUUAUUUCUCCUACCAAAAAUCUGGAUAAGUGUAUUAGUGAAGUUCCUAUGGUAGAUUUACCACCCUUGUCUAACAAACUGACUACCACCAAUACUGUAGCACAGAUGGAGAUUCAUUCAGAUGAAAGUUCUAAAGAAGUAAAGGAGGAAAUUCAUGUUGAUUCAGUCAGUGAUAGAAAAAAAUGGGUUUCUAUGCAUCCAAGACGGCGUUUGUCUAGUCAUCCUAUAGCAACAUAUCAGUGCACUUCUCUUAAUAGUAUUAAUGUCAAUGUUAACCCCCAAUCUUAUCCAUACUCUGGUCACACACAUUGUUUACGGGAAUGUAAUAUUUGUCAGUGGAGAGGAUCUGAGCCUCAUUUGGUGACUUUACCUUCACAACCUCUGGACACGCUGAAAUUGAAAGAACUACUCUAUCAACCGUACUGUUCGUUUUGCUUCAAAGAUUUACCUUGUACUUGUAGUGGACUUUUGUCUCUUUCUUCUGAUUCUCAUGAUUCGUGUGAUAAUGGUUUUUCUAAGAAAACGUGUAAUAAUAAGAAUGUCUGUCUGAUUUGUUCAGAAAAGCUUACUAAAGAUAGUAUUUCCAAAGAUACUUUAUCAAACAACUGUUCACAACAAAACGACAAUAUUCAUUCAGAUAUUCCGUACAAUAAAACUCAAUGCAACUUUAUUUCAGCUGAUAAAAAUGAACACCUCAAUAACGUUACUGCUGAUGGUCUCAAUACGGAACAAAUGGAACUCAAUUUAAAGUGCAACCCUCAUACACCCUUUUCUGUAUCCGAACAGAAUGUCUUUAAGCCACUAACGGAUUCUCCUGGUCGCUCUAGUACGGUUUCCCUCUCUCAAGAUGUUCGCCGACGUAAAAGACUACCAAGCAGCUGGUCUACUAUUAGUCGAACACUGGGAAAUAACGGUGAUACGUCAGCAAACGUUACUCAAUCUAACAUUCACCCUAUCCACAGACAUCAAACUGAAUUGAAUCGGUGUUUGUCCAAUGAAAAUAGCCCACGACACCCUUAUAUUUCAUCUUUGACGACACCAACUAUCAUCCCAGGAAGCCAGUAUGCUAGAACACGACAACAUACUGCCAGUACGUGUGAAAGCACAACACCUUAUCAUAAGGACUCAAGCAAUUCACAUAGUUCUUCUUGUUCUCCAACCACAAAUAAACAGGGCAGUAUCAAAUCCUCACUAGUUUCCUUAUCACCUUCUUCUACACCACUUUGGGCGGACGCACCUACUUAUGCUAAACCAAAAACUGGGAAACACUAUGUUUCCAGAGAGGUGAUUCAGGCUUUCCGUAUCGACCAACAACAGCAAUUUUCGUCUGUUUCAGAUAAUAUGAAAGGCUUUGGUAACUGUUCUCAGAUGAAUUCGUCAGACAAUGUAUGUCAUAAUGAAAACCAUUCAAGUGAAUCUGGUAGUACGCUAACAUGCUUAACAGAGGCAUUUGACGGGAAUGCGACCUUUCAGUCUAAACAGCAAUCGUCAAACGCUCCUGCUCAAUUUAAGACAUCAGCUUUUUACCCUGUAACAACGAAUGUGUCGGAUUUUAAUUUUUUGUUUCAAACUACAUCUAAUCGUGUUGUGGCGUCUCAAAAUGAUAAGUCAUUAACAAAUUCUGGACCGUAUAUUAAUAUGUUCCCGAAUAACCUUCAUGUUGGAUUAAAACCAUUAUCUGAAAAAAAUUCAUCGAUCUUAAAUUCAUCUACUUCAACGCAAUCUAUUCAAAGUUAUAACAAUGGGAAUAAACAACAAGGUGUUGAUCAAAUAACUAACAAUAAUAGUAAUACCUUCAAGUUACCGAUGGAUACAGAUAUCGUCUUCAAAAAUCCUAGACAUUAUGUGAAUUUAUUAGGUUUACAGAAAAGUGGAUUUACAGUUUUAAAUCACUCAGAUGCAACAGUGUAUUAUAUCAAUUUUUCACCAAAUAAUUCAGAACGUAGAUGUUUUGUAGACCCAACAUCUGUACAAUCAUCAAUUUCUGAUUCCUCUCUGGUGCCACGUGUUCCAGCCUCACUACCUAUUCUUUCAGAUUCUUUUCUGGACAGACCACCGACUCCACCAAGGCUGACAACAUCUACGAAUAAUGUUACUUCCAAUGGUACUUCAUCUAUUCCCAAAACACCACAAUUACAUUACGCUCAUCUUACACUAUCGGACGAAGUAAAUAGUACAAUGACAAAUAUUUGUCAUCAUAAAACAUCGGAUGAUAUAAUGAAUGAUGGUAAUAUUUGUAAGAAUAAGACCAAUCUUCACUCAUCUCAAUCUUUGCAGUGUGCAUUAUUUUCUGACCCAAAUUGUUCUGAAACUGAGUUCCUGGAUUGUAGCUGUAACCUAGUUGACAAUAACUGUCAUGACUGUUCCUCACAAGGAGUAAAUUAUGUAACUAUAGAUAUGAGACAGACCAAAGCACUUUCUGAAUUAGAACAAGAAUUGCGCAUGAGUACUGGAUUAGUACGUAAUGCUGGUUGUCAUAUACCAUGGUCAGAAUGUAUCCUUCAUAAUCAGAACUGUGAUAAUGUAAAAAAUGGUAACAGAUUCACAGUGCUACGCAGGCAUUUCACAAUUCCAUGCAACCUCCCCAGUUAUUUCGCCAGGAAAAAAGAUGACGUAAGUCUGUAAUUCCCAUUUGUUGAGGACGAAAUUUUGUCAUAAGGUAUCUUUAUGGGACAUUAUAUGCCAAUAUUUUCUUGAUUAAAAUAUCUAUUGUUGCAGGUGUUUUAAUCUGUAAGCUAGUCUCCAACUGACUGGAAUUAGUAGGCGUAGCAAAACAUCAACAUCUCAGUGGGAAUAAGAGUUCUGGGGAUCGGUGGAAAUAAAUCUCGUACAUCAUGACUUAAUUUUGUGAAAAAACAAUUUUAAAUUAUACCAAGUAAUUUAGAAAAUUAUAAUCCUUAGAAGCUAUUAUCUUGGAUCUAAAUAUGUCUUCUAAUUCAGUUACAAACGUACUUGGAAAAUUCUUCAUAACACUUUGCUUCCUAUUGUUCCUCUGUGUCAACUGUUUACUGAAAAUAAGUGUAUGUACUUCUUAUUAUCAAAAACUUUGUGUAUUGUAAGUUAUAAUUUGCAUGUACUCACUAAUCUUUCUGUUGAAUCUCCAAAAUCAACCACCAGUGUUAAGCAGUUCAUCUAUUACGUUGAAAGUUAUCAUACAAAUAGGCUGAAUAUCAAAACAGCGUGAAAUAAUAAUUGUAUUACAUUAAUUUUUAAUUAUUUAUGUAUUAUUGGCCAUGAUAAUAAUCACGGGAUGUUAUAUUUCUCCUAUAACAGAAAUAUAUUCUGAACAAACGAGAAGCAUCUCUCAUCUACCAGUCUCUUUUUAGAUUUGCUACUAUGACAAUUGAUUGACUGGUUGUGAAUUCCAUAUUUUCAUUGUUUGACUAAUCUCGAUGGUCACAGCUAGAUAUGAUUAACGAAAGUAAGAUUCAUUUAAAGCAUAUCAUCCAAAGUCUCCAACCAUUGAUUUCAGUUAUCAUACAAACCCUUUCCCAACCGGGUAGUCUGAUACAUACAUAAUAAUGAUUUCUUUUCUUUCAGACGGUUCAUACAUUAACAAGCUCUCCAACAAAUUCACAAGGAAAGAAACAAAAUCAUGAAAAUAUCGCUUCCGUGACCAAUCGAGUUCUAAAGCGUUUAAUCCAUUCCUUUCACCUCCCACAUCACCAAAAUUGACAUUGUGGCAAAACUGCUUAAAGGCAAAUCAGUUGCUUCUAUUUUUUUUUGUAUUUAUCCCUAAUAAGUGCAUCUAAUGUUUAAAUCAAAGUGAUAACAUCUUAUCCUUUAUUCAUCUAAAGAAUAGCACUAAAUAACAUCUGCUUAACACAAAGAUCCAUUUAAUAUAAAUAAUAAACUGUUUAACUUGACCAAUGUGUGCACCAUUAAUUAAUGUUGCAGAAAUAUGCUAUUUUUGUAUUACAUUUUACAUAUAUAUAUUUCUUUAUCGAUCUUUUUUAGAUCAAAGUUAUUUUUGUUCUCUUUUGUGCAUUCUUUCCUAUACACAUUGCCGUUAAACAGUCAUUCUUUUUAAGUAUCGGUUGUGGCUUUAUUUAUCGUUUCGGUUGGUUGUGUAUGUGUUAAGCACAAUCAGGCUAUUUAGUCAAGUUAAAAUUCAAUUAAUUUACUGUUUCAGAGUGAGUCACAUACUUUUAAUGAACUGUCAUUCAGAUUUUGUAUUUGACGGUUCGAUUAACUCGAAUUGAAAUUAGUUUAAAGCUUGGCACAUUUUUCAUUAAUGUAACUACUGCCUAUUAAAGUCUGACGCUAUUUGAGUACCCAGCAAAAAUCCGUUCUCCUGUUAUAACACGAAGUUCAGAUAUUUUUUUCAAAUGUAACUAAUUUGAAAAAUAUCCGUGCAAUUUAAUAUUUAACUGAUCGUACUUGUAUAUAAUCUAUAAAUCAUCAAAUCUAUAUCUGAAACGAACGAUAGUGAUUUAUAAAUCAUCUUUUUGUUAGGUCCUUACUUUGUGCGUGUAAAUUUUUUAGUUUCAGACCACUGACUGACGUAAUUAAAUUUUCG